AUGUCACGCCCCAAGGCGCUGCGCAAGCGGAUGCGCUCCUGGAUAUCUAAGCUUAGCCGCCGCUCUUCCGACCCCAGCAACCCAGCCAUGCCCUUCAGCAACGCGUACCCGCACAUUCUCGAUGCGAUCGCCGACGCGGCAGACUACGAGACGGGCAUCGCCCUCCGCGCCGUGAACCGGCAGCUCAAGCAGCGCAUCGACGAGAACCUCGCCCGCCACCUUGUGCUGCACGGCGACCAUAUCUGCGCCAUAACAGAGAAUGGGAUACGACGAUACCCUCCAGGUCUGCACGAUAGCCCCAUGAACCAGGCUCUACAGGUGGUCGCGCGGAACUCGUCUCCCGGACCCAAUGGCUUUGUUCUAGGCCGUCCCGUCCACCCCAUCGCCUACGAUGUCUGGGUCCACAACAUCUUCGAGGCGCCGGGCGUGGUUCAACUGCGUCGUGCACUGGCGCACAUUGAGGUUCUGGACUAUCUUCCCACAACUGGUAGUAUCGCAUUUUUCCCAGCUCAUAUUUCGGUGUUACGUUUAUCUGGUUUGGCCGUGGACAUUGAAGAGCACGAACACCAUGCCCCGUUGUACACGAUCGACAGCGUCGACACACUCGUACUGGGUGCUUGCAGUACUUUCGCCCUUCCCCCUCCGUACAUGAAGUACACGUACAACCUCCCUUUCGACAUCAACACCAACCCGCCCCGUCGCGUCGUCAUCCACCUCACCGGGCAGGUGAAAGCCAUCGACUACCUGUCGCUCAUAUCCAGCACUGCCUGGCUACCUGGGAGCGAAUUGGUAGUCGUUUUGCAGGACCUGUCGAAUCACUGGGUCGGCUAUUCUUGUCAAGCUGUGUACCUCCUCGAAGGCCUGCUGCUCUACGGCGAACAUCACCCUUUCGACAAGUACACUCUGGUAAACCCUCGCGCUACAAUCUCUCGGCAGAUAACGGGGAGGUCUAACCCUGGGUUUCCUGACAUCCCUUUCCAGUGUCAUGAGCUGGGAGAGAUCCUCAAGCUGUACAUCGACGACAGUCGAUUCAAGUCGGUCUUUCGCUACCUCACACAUCGCCAGUUUUUGGCUGAGAUCGGUGUCGACCGGUACAUGUUAGAGAUGGGCUGGUGA